CAAAAAGCGUCGAGGCUAAAAAUUAAUGGAUACCUAAGUUUAAUUAAAAUAUCGGCUUACAGAAAGUUGGUGUAUUAAAAGUGUUUCUCUGAAAUUUUUACUUAAAAAAAAACGCAAUCAAAAUUUAGACGGAAAUUCAAUUUUAGUUAAUUUCACAAACAUUUUGUGAAAAUAAUUGAGCAAUAUGGAUAUAAAAUCAUUUUUUCAUGAAUGGUGCGCAAAAAUGAAGGUGGAACAUGAAUUUAAUAUACGUCCUACAGGACCGAAACAUCGUCAAAGAUUUUUAUGUGAAGUCAGGGUAAAUACAUUUUCUUAUGUUGGAGUAGGAAAUUCUACUAACAAAAAGGAUGCUGAAAGGAAUGCUUGUCGAGAUUUUUUAAAUUUUUUGGUUAGAAAUGGAAAUUUAAAAUCAAGUGAAAUACCUAAUGAGUCUAGCAAUUCGGCUGCAGCGCCUUCUAAUGAUUCAAAUGAUAAGGAAAAAGUUUUUGAGACAACCAAUUUUACAGAAAGUCCUCGUCCAAAUUUAUUCGGCAGUGGUAUGGGUCCUCAAGAUCUGGGUCAAGCAUAUCGUGGAGUAAGUGGAGAGAAUAAACAUUACGAUUUCAUAGACCGUGCAGCCGAAAAACUAAAUAUGGAUGAGGCUGAAUCCUUAGAUGUAAAUGCUGGAAUUCACGGGAAUUGGACAAUUGAAAAUGCAAAAGCGAAACUUCAUCAAUUCAUGCAAAUGAAUAAAAUUCAAGCAGAUUAUAAAUAUACCCCUGUGGGUCCCGAUCAUUCCCGAAGCUUUCUGGCUGAAAUGCACAUUUUUGUUCGAGAGUUAAAACGUACUAUUACAGCUAGAGAAUCUGGAUCCAAUAAACAAUCUGCAAGCAAAUCUUGUGCUCUAUCCUUAGUAAGGCAAUUGUACCAUUUAGGUGUAAUAGAAGCUUUUUCAGGAACACUUAAAAAGAAAAAGGAUGAUGAAGAAUUGAAAUCAUAUGAAGUAAAGAUAGCGCCAGAACUGAUUGAAAAAGUAAGAAAGGUUGUUGAAGAUUUAAACUUAGAGGUGAUUACAAAAAAUUCGAAUAAAGAUGAGCAAUCAGAGUCAAAUAGUUACAGUUUAAUUGUUACUAAUAAAAACGAAAAUGCAAGAAAAAAUAUAAAUAAAAACCAGCAAGGCUCGGUUAUAUCAUGGUCCCCUCCUUUACCAAAUUGGAAUGCAUGGAGUUCUUGCAAUAUUGAUGAGGGUUAUUUGGCAACUGCCUCUUUAGAUGCGUUGUGUCAAGAUUUGAGCUCCUCUUUUAGGGAAAAAAAAAUGAAUGAUUCUGUAUAUCUAGAAUUUGUCGAAUUCAGAAAUAAAUUACCAAUAGCAAAAAUGCGGAAUGAAAUCAUGUCGGCCAUCAACGAUAAUCCUGUAGUGCUUAUUCGAGGUAAUACCGGAUGUGGUAAAACUACUCAAAUAGCUCAAUAUAUUCUCGAGGACUAUAUAAAUUCAGAACAAGGAGCUUAUUGUAAUAUAUAUGUAACGCAACCGAGACGAAUAAGUGCAAUUUCAGUUGCCGAGCGUAUUGCCAAUGAACAAAAUGAGCCUCUUGGUGAAUCUGUAGGUUAUUCCGUUCGAUUUGAGUCAAUGAUUCCACGUCCCUAUGGAGCUAUACUAUUUUGUACUAUUGGAGUAUUGUUAAGAAAACUUGAAGCAGGUUUGCGAGGAAUUUCGCAUGUAAUUGUUGAUGAAAUACAUGAACGUGAUGUAAAUAGCGACUUUUUACUCGUAGUUCUGCGUGAUAUGGUGCACACUUAUCCAGAUUUACGUGUGAUAUUAAUGUCAGCUACAAUAGAUACUACGCUUUUUUCAGAAUAUUUUGGCAAAUGCCCAGUAUUGGAAGUACCUGGCCGCACAUUUCCUGUUCAACAAUUUUUUUUGGAAGAUUGCAUAGAAUUGACAAAAUUUGUACCCACAGCAGAAAGUCGCAAAAGAAAAAGGGAAGAAGAAAAGGAAGAAGAUUCCACAGUAGAAAACGCCGAAGAUGGUGGAGAACAAAAUCUUAAUAAAAUUUGUGGACUUGAUUAUUCCAUUCAAACAAAAAAUUCAAUGGCCCAAAUAUCGGAAUCAGAGUGUAACUUCGAGUUAAUUGAAGCAAUAUUUUUAUAUAUCAAACAGCAAAACGUCCCUGGAUCAAUAUUGGUGUUUUUACCAGGUUGGAAUUUAAUUUUUGCCAUGAUGAAAUUUUUGCAAAACUCCAGAGAGUUCGGUAGUUCUACCUACAGAAUUUUGCCGUGCCAUUCACAAAUUCCAAGAGAAGAUCAGAGAAAGGUUUUCGAACCUGUCCCAACUGGAGUUCGAAAAAUUAUUCUGUCUACAAAUAUUGCAGAAACUUCAAUUACAAUUGAUGAUAUCGUGUUCGUUGUCGAUAUCUGUAAAGCGAGAAUGAAGAUGUUUACUUCACAUAACAAUCUUACCAGCUACGCAACAGUUUGGGCUAGUAAAACGAAUUUAGAACAACGUAAAGGUCGAGCCGGACGUGUAAGACCAGGAUUCUGUUUUACUUUAUGUUCCAGAGCUCGGUUUGAGAAGCUGGAGGAGCAAUUAACACCAGAAAUGUUUCGUACUCCUUUGCAUGAGCUUUCAUUAAGCAUAAAACUUUUGAGACUUGGUUCUAUUCAUCAAUUUUUGUCCAAAGCUAUAGAGCCUCCUCCGUUAGAUGCUGUAAUUGAAGCUGAAGUACUUUUACGCGAUAUGAAAGCUUUGGAUGAAAAUGAUGAAUUAACACCACUUGGAAAAAUUUUAGCACGGCUACCAAUAGAACCAAGAUUGGGAAAAAUGAUGAUCCUAGGUUCAGUGUUUUCUGUAGCGGACCCACUUACCGCAAUGGCUUCUUAUUCCAGCACGUUUUCGGAAGUUUUUGCACUUGAUAUUGGACAGAGAAGAUUGGCACCCCAUCAAAAAAAUCUUGCAGGGAAUAAAUGUUCAGAUCAUGUAGCUAUGUUGAUUGCCAGUCAAAUGUGGGAAAGAGCUAAAUAUAAAGGCGAAGAAGAAGAAAUACGUUUUUGUGAAUGGAAAGGUCUUCAGUUACCCACCAUGCGUGUUAUGAAUGAAGCGAAAAGGCAGCUUUUAGAUUUGCUUCAGCAGGCUGGAUUUCCUGAGGAAUCUUUAGUGCAAAUACAUAUUGACGCAAACGCUGAUGAUCCGCAACUAGACUUAACUAUAGCUCUUCUAUGCUUAGGUCUGUACCCCAAUGUAUGUUAUCACAAAGAAAAACGUAAAGUACUUACAACAGAGUCAAAAGCAGCUUUAAUACAUAAAACUUCAGUUAAUUGCAGCAAUUUGCAGGUUACUUUUCCAUAUCCUUUUUUCAUAUUUGGCGAGAAAAUACGUACCCGUGCAGUUUCUUGCAAACAAUUGACGAUGGUUGCACCAUUACAUCUAAUGCUAUUCGGAUGUAGGAAAAUAGACCUUGUUGAAAAUAAAACUGUUCGUCUUGAUAAUUGGCUAAAUUUUGACAUGGAUCCAAAAGCAGCAGCUUAUUUAGCAGCUCUUAGACCAGCAAUCGAAGAUCUGGUAACAAAAGCUGCUGAAUCGCCCACAGAAAUUCUGAAUUUAGAGGAACCAUACGCUAAUUUAGUCAAAGUCAUUAAAGAAUUAUGUAUAAUGAAUUCAGGGGACUAUACUAUACAAAGAGAAGUUGGUAUUAUGCCUAAUCAACAAAGAAGUGGAAGCAAUAUGGGAGGACCUGGGAGAGGUGGUGGCAAGUACAGUCGUGGUAGUGGAGAUUUUCGCGGUUCUAGAGGGGGAAUGGGCGGUGGUGGAAGAAUGUUUGGAGGUUUCGGUUCAGGGAGAAAUAAUUGGACAAACAGAAGAUUUUAAUAGAAAUGAUCUUUCAAAUUCAAAGAAAAUAUACUUUUAAUAUAUUUUAAUGAUUACCUUAAAUUAAUUUAUGAUAUAAUAUAUGAAUAAAUUUAGAAAUAA